AUGACCGACAAUGGAAGCGAACCGACGCCAGCAAAGGAUGUGAUUGAGGUGCACCCUCCGAGUAGCGACGCUCAUGUUGAAGCAGUGGCGGAUCCCAACGUCGCGUUGGAGGCAGCAAACAAGACGCUGGCGUCGCGCCCACGGCGAUCUUUGAGAAGCGCGGGUCGCGCCGCGGAAGAAAAGACUGUCACAAACACUGUCAAGAAGACGGUCAAGAUCAUUGCCAGGCGCGCCCAGGGCAAGUGGGACGCAGAACGACUCCUCACAGACCCCAAGUCGCCGCUGGCCAAGGCCAAUCUACGAACAAUUCUUGCCAACCCCAUGGCAUGGAACUGCCUCGACGCAGCAGACCACGCCGAGAUUCUCGCCCUCUUCCCGGACCAGCGCCACAUUACCGUCGCAGAGGACGGCGCGCAGCGGCCCAACAUGGAGUCGCUGAUGAACGACGACAGCUUCCGGUACGACUGCGCCGCGUACACGGAGAGCCUGGCGCAGGGGCGGCACGAUCCGGACUGGCUGGCGCAGGCGUGGGCGGCCCACGAGCGGCGCAAGGCGGGCGAUUUUGACGACUUUUUGCGCGCCAAGUUUGAAAAGGAGUGGGAGGUCAAGCUGCCGGAGGAAGCGCCAGGCGCAGACGACGAGAAGGGGGGGGAAGAGGGCGGCGGGGACGGCGUGGCAAAUGGCGCUGUGACGGGCUAG